CAGGUAAUUAGGGUUUCAAAAUCCCCGCCAAUUCUCUCUCUCUCCCUCUCUCUCUACGCAACUGCAAUGGCGAUGGAGGGAAAGAAACUCGAAACCCCCACCCUAGCCUCUACACCCAUUGGUGGUGUUGGUGGAGAGGAUUCUCCAAAGAACCAUCCAUUGAGUUUGAGCCCCAGAGAUCGCAUUGUCUCUGUUGCUUCCAACGUGGCUUCACAGCCUCUUAUCAAUUCUGAUCCUAACGUUUGGGGCGUCCUCACUGCCAUCUCCAACAAUGCCCGCAAAAGGCACCAGGGAAUUAAUAUUUUAUUAACUGCUGAUGAGCACUGCAUCGGGCGAUUGGUAGAUGAUGUGCGUUUCCAGAUUGAUUCAACCUCUGUUAGUGCAAAUCAUUGCAGAAUAUACAGGAUGAGGAUUACUACCGAAAAUAUGGAGAACACCUCAUCAAUAUUCUUGAAAGAUACAAGCACAAAUGGAACUUACCUUAACUGGGAGAAGUUGAAAAAGAAUGGUUCUGCUGUCAAAGUCUGCCAUGGUGAUAUUAUAUCAUUUGCUGCUCCUCCUCAGUAUGAACUUGCAUUUGCUUUUGUAUAUCGAGAAGUGCUUGUGUCUGCCCCAUUGCCAGAAAAUUCAGUUGCUAAAAGAAAAGCAGAGGAUUUUGUUUCUGAGAACAAGAGAUUGAAAGGUUUAGGUAUUGGUGCUCCUGAGGGUCCCAUAUCUCUUGAUGAUUUUAGAAGCCUUCAAAGAUCAAACACGGAACUAAGAAAGCAAUUGGAGAAUCAGGUGGUUAUAAUUGAUACUUUGCGUAGUGACAGCCGUGCAGCUAUUGAGCGUCAUGAAAGUGAAUUGAAAACAGUCAAAGAGUCGGUUGCAAAAUGUUACCUUGAUCAAUUAAAAGAAUUACAGCAAAUGGUGGAUCUAAAACAGAAGGAACUGGGGGAUGUCAACAGAGCAUCUGCUGAACAAAAACAUGCUCUGGAAGACCUUAAUGAAAGGCUUAGUGCUUCUAUGCAGUCAUGUGCUGAAGCAAAUGCUAUAAUAAGUAGUCAAAAGGUGAAUAUAGCUGAACUUAAGGAACAAUUAGAUGAAGAGAGGACUCAGCGAAAAGAAGAGCGAGAAAAGGCUGCAGCUGAUCUAAAAGCUGCUGUUCAUAGAGCCCAGUCUGAGGCUCAAGAGGAAUUAAAACGACUCUCAGAUGCUGCUUUAAGAAGAGAAAGAGAGCUACAAGAAACAAUAAAUAAGCUACAGGAGUCAGAGAGAGAAAUGUGUUUACUGGUCGAAACCUUGAGGUCCAAGCUGGAGGAUACUAGGCAAAAGUUGGUUGCCUCUGAUAAUAAGGUUCGCCAGUUGGAAGCCCAAGUACAUGAACAGAAACUGGCCACUGAAAAUGGAAUGAAGAAAGUCGAAGAACUUGAACAGGAAGCAAGAAGAUUAAGGAAAGAGCUUGAAAGUGAAAAGCAGGCAGCUCGAGAGGAAGCAUGGGCUAAAGUUUCUGUUCUUGAGCUUGAGAUAAAUGCUGCAAUGCGAGAUCUUGAUUUUGAGAGGCGGAGGUUAAAAGGUGCCAGGGAAAGACUUAUGCUUCGGGAAGCACAGCUACGAGCAUUUUAUUCCACUACGGAGGAGAUACAAGGGCUGUUUGCUAAGCAACAGGAACAAUUGAAGGCUAUGCAGAGAACUCUAGAAGAUGAAGAGAAUUAUGAGAAUACUUCUGUAGAUAUGGAUGGAGUCGUAGGUGGAGCCUCAGGCAGGGAAAAAGAAGUUGCAGGAUACCAUAGCAACAGUGCUGCCAAGGCAGGAUCAACUACUUCCGCACAGAAGCUCAACAGAGAUCAAAUUGAAACAUCAAGCAACGAAGCAAGUGUCACUGAGAAGCAUGACUGUGAUAUAAGAAGUGAAGAAUGCCAAAAUACACAAGAGGCAGAAUUCACCAGUGCUGAUCACAACCAUGGUGUCAGAGGUGGCUUUGGCUCUGAUAUUGAACAUGUUGGCACAGCAGCUAUGAUGGAGGGAGAUGUUGUAGGCACUGAGCGGGUUCUCGAAACUGAAAGUCCUGCAAAUGAUGGUGAGCGGAAUAUUGAUUUGAACAAGUGUGGUCCUCUAGAUGGAGACACUAUGCAGUUAGAUGAUGAUAUCAAUGUACAAGAAACCGAGGAGCAUGCUCAAAGACCUUGUCGUGAAGUUUUACAUCACUCACAAUCCAAUAAUCCAGUAGACACUCAAAAGACCCUUGAGGAUGCAGAAGCUGGAGGCUUAAUCAGAACAGCUGACCUUUUAUCUUCUGAAGUCGCUGGUAGCUGGGCUUGCAGUACAGCCCCUUCUGUGCUUGGAGAAAAUGAAUCUCCAAGUAGAGACAAUAAUGAAGCUUCUGGGGCAUUGCAUGAUUCAAAUACCCUGGUGGCUGAGAGUCAGAGCACUCAUUCUGAUGCUGCUGCCGCCAGACAGAAUGAACGACUUGCAGUAAUUGAGAUGAUUGGCAUUGUUGCUCCAGAUUUAAGGGAGCAAUUUGGAGGUUCUGGAUAUGAUGGUGAUCAAGGGAAAGAAGACCAUGGUGGUUCAUCUGACUCAGAUACUGAGAGUUGUAGCGACCCUGGCAAUGAUGAUAGAGCCUUUGCAAAGGGUGGAUCAAUAUCUGAUGAAGAAACUCAGGGUAGUGACCAUGGCGAGGAGGUUCAAAAGCAGGAUGAUGCCAUGGAUGAAGAUGAUGAAGCCACUCAAGAAGAUUGAUUUUCUUGGAUAGCUGUGGACUGUACGUAGAUUUGUUGUAGAUGCUGAAGGAAUCUCCUGUAUUUUUACUGAUCAGUCUCUUGCUUUCCUCACCCUCUAUAACUAUAUUUAAGGCUUUUUUUUUUUGUAAUUAAUUUAUUAAUCUUAUGGGUUUUGUUGCCAUUCUGUUUCAUUAAAUGCAAAUAAUGUAUAAAUGAGGUAUGAACUUGCUAGUUAGU